AUGAUAACAACGAAAUUUAUUGCGAUAUAUUUUCUCAGUUUAUCAACAAUUCUGGAACUAAUUAAUUGUGAUAACAAUAGUAACUCUAAUGUGGUCACUUUUUCACCUUAUAAGAACAAGAGUGUUUCCAAUGUGACCACAAUUGGCCUGGAGCCUCGACCGAAAAGACAAUCGACCAACGGGACAUGUUCCUUGACCCCAAUGUCCACUGAGGGUCCAUACUAUUUGAAGGAUGUCUUAGAGCGACGAGAUAUCACCGAUGGUAAACCUGGAAUCCCGUUAAAUUUAACGAUAAACGUAAUGGACUCAGUUAAUUCGUGUAAAGGUUUACCUGGAUUACGAGUUGAUAUCUGGCAUUGUGAUGCUUUGGGUGUUUAUUCAGGAGUUGGAUCGUUAUCAGGUCGUGGUGGACGUCGAAGUGGUUUUCGGUCGACAAUUACAACCUCGAUCAGUCCAGUUGACAGAUUUUUACGAGGUUAUCAAAUUUCCGAUUCAAUUGGUCAAGUUAAUUUUCAAACAAUUGUUCCUGGUUGGUAUCCUGGUCGACCGAUUCAUAUUCAUUUUGAGAUUUACCUGUCCUCAGGUAAAUUACUUCAUGUUGGUCAACUUUAUUUUGAUGAAUUACUUUCAACUUCACUUGAGACAAUUAAACCUUAUUCUGAUAAUCAAUCGAAACGGGUACCAAAUAAUGUGGACAGAAUUUUCUCAACGACCUCUGGUCAUAAAACGAUCAUCACUUUAACGGGAGAAAUGACCAGUGGAAUGAAUUCUCAGUGUGGAAUUGGUUUGGACCUCAGGGCAACAGUUCCCAUUCAACUUGUCGGUGGUUUUAAUGGUGGUGGUGGUGGUCGAGGCUUCGGACGAAGAGGUUAA